AUGAAAAGGAACACUUUGUCUGUUACAAUGAUUCAGGUUCAAAAUAUGUCUAUGUGAAUAAAGACAUGAAUUGGACCGAUGCUCAAAAGUACUGCAGGGCUAACCACACAGAUCUGGCCAGUGUGAGAAAUCAAUCUGAGAAUGACGCCAUCGAACAGCUCCUGAUGGACAAUUUUGCAUGGAUCGGCUUGUACAGUGAGUCUUGGAGGUGGUCAGACGGUCAGCGCCUGAAGAUGACUUCAUUCAGCAAAUGGAAUCCCAGUCAAAGAGUAGAUGUGGAAAACUCAUGUGUGACUACAGGAAGCGGCGUGUGGAAUAUUAGACCCUGCUCCAACAAGUAUCCUUUCAUCUGUAGUGGCUUAUCUAACGUGCAGCCAAUAGAGAGGAAGCUGGUGAAAAUCACUUUGUCCACAUCAGCUUCCUCAUUGGACCUGGAAGAAUCACAGGACGCCAUCUUGCAGCAGCUUCGCAGCAAACUGCCGGAGCACGGACUUGGGGAUUUAAAGCUGAGGUGGAUAAAGCAGUCUGACGGAAAGACGUUCCACUUGAAGAAAAAAGACAAAAAAUAAAAAUCUGGGAUUCUGUCAGGAAAAAGUUUAGAUGAAAAAAAUAGAAGGGUAGUUAUUGUUUUAGGAUAUUUGAUUUGAUUACAAAUAGUCUCUAAAGAUAAUCACUAUUAAUGCUAGUGACCUAUACUUUUUAAUGGUCUGAUGUAGUGCUCUAAUUUUACUGUAACAAUGCUAUAAUCAAUGUGUUUCAGUUAAUGAACUAAAUCACUUAAAUAAACCUUUUGAUAAUCUUCUGAUUAAUUGAACAACCUCAUUUAAAGUAUAAUUUGACUUAAGAGGCACUUCAUGGUCGUAUGAUUUAUUUGGCAUUUACCUUUAACUGAAGAAAGACGAGAACUAGCAGGAAUAUUUGGUUGCAUGGCAACAGGAUAUUAAACCAGACAUUAAGCCACAGCUUGAUGUUCCACUUUAUGUAAAAUAAUUGGAUUCAAGUUGUUGUUGCUCUGAGAGGUUUCAGAUCUAAAUUAGUUGCCAGAUUCCUCUGUUCAUUCAUUUCCCACCUCUAGAGAAAAAAGGAGGAGAACCGGAAGUUUUUUGCUUCUUAGAUUUGUUAUUUUGUAAGAUCUGUUCAAUUGAUUUCUACAGAUUUCAUAGUACUUAUGGGGAUAAUCUGUUCUGUAAAGCAUGGGAGCUAGAUCAGAGCUCGUCUGCCUGGCUGUGUGUUUCCUGGACGGGGCCGCCUUUUGUUUCUCUGCUUCUGUCUC